GGUCUUGCGGAUAACGAAGACUUGGUUGCUUUCUACACUCAACUAGCCCAAAGUCUUAAUCCAGUCAACUUGGCUGGCUAUAUUGACUCCUACAUCAAUCGUACCGACCUCGGUUUGAUCCGUCGUUCUGGUCAUUUUUCUGAAAAUGAAGCAUCUGGAGAAGAGGGCCCAAGUAAACCCACAUCUAUCAAGGUCGAUUGUUGCUUAGUUACGGGCGGGCUGGCUUCGGAGUUGGCCAGGGCGUUGUCAGAGCUCAAUGGUCGUAUGAACCCAGAAAAGACCCAGUAUCUGAUCAUUCCUGACUGCAAUGGGUUUGUUAUGGAAGAGGAACCGGGGAGAUUGGCAAUCAAUUUCCUUCAUUUCAUGAGGAAUGAGGGCUUCGUUAUUAGCAUGACACCGGAGAAGUUACGACAAGAAGCGGCUGAUUUACAAAUGCAAAUUGCUCAGAGAACAACAGAGGCAUUACCAAGUUCAGCCUACAUUCUUGAACAGGAAUCAUAG